UAAUGGCGAUAUUACCUGGAAUCUAAAACGAAAGUAGACAACACUGCGUACGGAGACUGCAGUUCCAUCUUCGAUGACGUCAGUGUACAACUAAUCAAACCAUGUUAUCAGAUGUGCAGUUUGCCACAGCGGACUACGUCGUAUGCGUACUUGCUUUAUGUGUGUCGCUUGCCAUUGGUAUUUACUAUGCUUUUUCUGGCGGACGACAGGUCACCACCUCAGAAUAUCACCUUGGAAACCGUAAUCUCAACUUUUUACCAGUAAUGCUCUCUUUGAUGGUGACGUCACAAUCGUCGAUUUUGAUUUUGGGUGUCCCAGCAGAGACUUAUCUCUUCGGUUUCCUGGCAACGUUUGCUGGUUUUGGAUUCUGGGGCGCCUAUUGGAUUUCUGCACGAAUAAUUAUCCCUGUAGUAUAUCCACUCCGGAUCACCAGUGUUAACGAAUAUUUUGAAUUACGUUACCAAAGCAACCGAGUUCGGAUCCUAACAACUUUUCUGUCCUUUUUAUUUUGGUUCAUAUAUAUAGGUAUUGUUACAUACGGGGUAUCUACAGCAAUAGAAACAGUUUUAGGAGCCCCAGUUUGGCUGUCUAUAGUUAUAGUGUCCACGGGAAGUAUGAUUUAUACAGCUAUUGGAGGCAUCAAAGCUGUUAUAUGGACAGAUGUUAUUCAAUAUACAAUAAUGCUGAUCUCAGUUCUAGCUGUUCUUAUUAAGGGAUCGAUGAAGGUUGGUGGUGGAUCCGAAGUUCUACGUGUUAAUUCGGAAGGAGACAGGCUUAAUAUAUGGAAUUUCAGCGUGGACCCCACCCUCCGUUACACUCUGUGGAACGUUGUCAUUGGAAACAUCGCCAAGCUUUUCGCCUUUCCUUUGUCCCAGUCCUCAGUACAAAGAAUCGGGUGUAUGCCAUCAAUAAAGGAAGCCUACAAAAUGUUUCUUAUUGCUGCUCCACUAAUGGUAUUGACUUUCUUUUUGGCGGGAAGCAUGGGAUUAGUUGCUUAUGCCUAUUUUGUCAAAGUAAGAUGUGAUCCUUUAAAAUCCAAAUUCAUUGGCAAUCCAAAUCAGAUUUUGCCUACACUUGUUUCGGAGAUAUUUCAGGAAAACCCUGGAAUGACAGGACUUUUCAUUGCUGGUCUUUUCUGUGCAUCUCUAAGUACUGUGUCUAGUGGGUAUGCAGCAUUAUCUUCUAUGACCCUACAAGACAUUAUCAGAAAAAGGUGGAGAAAAUUAUCAGAGAGGAAGUCAACCAUCGCCUCCAAACUAACAGUGGUAGUUGUCUCGAUGAUUACGACGGGUAUGGCGUUAUUACUUGCCAAUGUUAAAGGCACUCUUUUAAAGCUAGCUCAUAUGGUGCUGACCAUUCCUACAGCGCCAUUUACUGGAAUAAUUCUUUACAGUAUUUUCUGCACCUCUGCAACGACAGCGGGAGCUGUUGUUGGUGGUCUGACAUCUCUCCUGUUUUACCUGUGGAUGGCCAUCGGUAACAUCGUGGUUAGUCCUCCGUCUGUGGAGAAAAAGCUUGCCCCGGCUCCAGUAGACCAGUGUCUCAGCAAUUUCUCCAUGAUAUCCAACUUAACAAAUUCUUUUACGAGCGACAUAAAUUCCAAUCUUACAGAUAUAUCUUCUAGCACAGUACCUAAUGCUUUGGAAGGUUUCAGUAAAAUUUACACUUUGUCCUUUCAAUGGUUCGAUGUCAUUGCCAUUUUUCUUGUGAUUGUAAUUGGUUUGAUCGUCAGCAGAAUCGUAGGUGCCCCAAAAGAAGAGGAAGUAGACGCUAGAUAUGUUUUGAGUUUUAUUGAACAAUUUUUCCCUUAUUUACCAGAAAAAGUGAAAUAUUUCCUCUCCUGUGGGUCAACAAUACCUAAGAGGCGCAGACAAAUACAAGCCGAAGAACGCCAAGAUAACCAACAAAUCAUGGUAGAAGAUAAAUUCACAAGAAAGGAGGAUAACUACAGUUGAUUGGCUUAGAGAAGACCAUGGACAUGAGACAUGUAGUAUCUGUGUCAUUUCGGAAGUAUAAUGAAUUCCUUAGUUUUAUGGCACAUCAGACAGAAAUAGAUGUGUAUAUACUGAACAAUAAUGCACAAUAAUUAACAUGGAAUUGGUGUAUUAUACAUAAAUAACUUUUAUAUAGCCUUCCCAAUGAAAUUAUGUAAUCCUUUGAGUGUAUUAUGUAUUUCAUGCUUGUCUAAUUUCAUGAUACGCAGGGCAUUUUAAAAUAAAGUUAAAAUCAUA